AUGGAAGCACCCUCGGCACCUCCUCAGAUCACAGUGGACAGUGCCAGUGUCCUAGAGGAACCAGAAUGUGAGGAAGAUGUGGCUUUGCCUACAGAUGACCAUCUCAUGACCCUGAAGGCCUUGACAGAGAAAUUAAGACUUGAGACCAGGAGACCGUCUUACCUGGAAUGGAAAGCCCGACUAGAGGCGGAAAGCUUCAGAGACUCGGAAAGUAGAAAAGGCCCAAUCCAAGUGGAGCCUGAAGGGAAGGGAAUCACACUCGAAGGGCCUGAUGUGAUUCAGUGCAAGCUGCCAUCAGGUGUUUUGAAGGGAUUUGGGAACAUCGAUGAGGCUCUCAGUUGGCUCAGGAGAGAGCUGACAGACAUGCGCCUUCAGGACCAGCAGUUGGCUAGGCAGCUCAUGCGGCUCAGAAGCGACAUCAACAAGCUGAAGAUCGAGCAGACGUGUCACCUUCAUCGCAGGAUGCUUAAUGACGCCACCUUCGGCCUUGAGGAGCGGGAUGAGUUGUCUGACCUGCUGUGUGAAUGCCCGGUCACCCCAGGCCUCGGCCUCUCUGCCCCACUGCGACUCAUCGGCGUUACCAAGAUGAACAUUAACUCACGCCGAUUCUCACUCUGCUAG